GGGCAUGUUUUGGCCAGAUACCAGAUACUGCAAAUAUUUGGUGCCCAGAAAUUAGCCAGAAUUUCUGAGAUACUUUCAGGGGCCCUGAGCGAUCCCCAGCUAUUUGCCACAUAUCUGAAUCUCCCUCCAGCCAAUGGGAGCCCUGGAGGACUGCAUAAUUGUUGAGCUAGGGUCAGGUUUGUGGAGGAAGUCGGUAUUGUGGCUGCAGGGUUAACAUAGCUGGCGGGAUUACACAGGGUCUGACUCCAGCAAGGACAGGCAGCUUUUACAGGGCCAGAAUUCCUGGCAUUUUUGGCAUCCUCUGCAACCUGGGACCCCCAAACAAAUGGGGGGAAUUCUGUGACAGGUCGCUAGGCCCCAGUCCAGGCAGAAACAAUGUGCAGCCUGCAGUAGAGUUGGCUCUGGGAGAGAUUCUUUUGCACCUACAGCUCGGAAGUAACCUCACUCUGCGUGCCUUAGUGUUGACAUGGAGUCUUCCAAGUCUGAACCUGCUCUACACAAUGGGGACUGCAACUCGCGACCGCCCCCCUCCCCGCGGCACUCGCCGGUCCUGAAGGAGCAGCCCUCGAAGGUGGAGCGGCACAGACGGAGCACGGAGAGGCGCGAGCUGUCGCACGUCCUCGGGAUGGACGAGGACCAGCGAGCCAAAGUCGCGACCAUGAAGUGUGCUGGCACACAAACGCAUCUAACGUCAGUAAAAGAGACAGCAAAUCUCACAGACGAGGCCCUAGAAACGAUAAAUAACAUGGAAGCCUUGGACAGAGAAAGACUGUUGAUGUCGAUGGCGUCCAAGCCGAUGCUGAUCCCGAUGUCGAGCCUCCACAGCCCGCUGCCCCACCCGCCACAGAGACCGUCGGUCAUCACGUGUGCGCCGGCGUUCAGCCGUGUCUCCCCUCCCCCCGCCGGCAACGGCGUCUCCACAACAGUGCAGGGCGCUGCCAGGAGAGAAAUCAUCACCACGGGAGUGGUAGACCCGGUGAUAGAGGAGCACUUCCGGCGCAGCCUGGGGAAGGACUACAAGGUGGAGGAGCCGCCUGCAGAACCGCCCCGCGCCGCCUCCACACCACCCGACCCCAACAACGUCUCCAUCACCGGCUCCGUGGACGAUCACUUCGCCAAGGCCCUCGGCGACACAUGGACGAAAAUUAAAGCUCGUAAAGAGUCUGUCAGCAGUAAUAAAUCCAGUCCGCCCCCCUCCCCACACCUCCCCGCUAGCCAUUCCACUCAGCCAUUACUUUCCGCGUAGAGGGCUCCUACAUGUGAUGUAGAUAGAGUUAGGAUGAGUUCAACACACCAGACUGGCUUAGAAUCGUUUUCCUUCACUUGAUGUUCCUGUUGUGUGUUACUGCAGUCAGUCCUUGGUCAGCUGAAAGCUGUUCUGGACAUUCCAACUGUUAUAUCCUCUUAGCUGUGCUUGAGGAGGGUCAGAGUGCAAGCCAUUCUGCCCGAGAUCUUUUUAUGAAAAAGAAUCCAGUAUUUCCUGUACCCAGCUUGACAGGUAAAGGAAGAUAGCGUAAAAGAAAAAGAGAGAAUAUCCUGAUGAUACCAUAGAAAUUCUUCCUUCUUGCUUUCUCUACUGUUAAAAUAACAUUCCUCAAAUUGUGUUUGCUCUGCUGUAUGACAUAGCUCUGUAAUUACGCUGGACGUAUCUUUCGCCACAACUGGCUCUGCUAUUUCAAAAUACAACUGUAUGUAUAGUCAGCCUGGUAUCCAUCUCUGUUCAGCUUGAUCUGUCCUAUCCAGUGUCUCUUGCAUAUAGGACUGGAUUGGGCCCAAGGAGCUACAUGUGUAUAGGGAUAAAUAUUAGGCUAAUGUACAAUACCUUUGCCUUUGUUUAAGACUUUGUAACCAGUCUUUUUGCACAAUGUAAUUUUCAAGGGAAAAAAAACUAGAUUUUGAUCAUCCACUCGACUUGACAGUUGUCUGAUUAAGACUUUUUAUUUCAUACACAUGAUACUGCCCUAUACAGGUACGCACAUGUACAUCUUUUGAACAUGCAGCAGUGCUCCUUGCAGAUUAUAGUAGAAGUGCAAACGAUUAUAAACGUUGUAAGACAAACGUUCUCUUGGAAAUUAUAUGAACAGAUCUGUGUAUGGUUAUACGAUAUGUAUGUUUGUGUAUACACAAGUGUAUAAGCAAUUAGAAUUAUACUUGGAAUUGCACAGAAAUCUAUACAGAGUUGCUACAGAUGGAUUAUACGGAUAUCUGUGUAAAAAGAUAGAGGAGCUAUUUUUGUAGAUUUGCACCUAAUGAAGAGUCCCUGCUUGCAUUCCAGUUAACCAUUGUGACAUGUUAAGGACCUAAAUGUAGAAGUUCAGUCUUCAGCAGUCUCAGAAAGUGCCUUUAACAUUGUUCUGAAUGGCAAAAACAUUUGACAAAUUUGUGCAUCACCUUUUCAUGAUCAAUACU